GACUCUUUAAACAAACACAUCGCUUUAGUACACGGGUCUAGAGUAGUGCUUUCUGAGGUGUGGAAAUUUUUUUAAUGUGCAAUAUAAUCAAAAACAAAAAACCGAAUAGAAAAUAAAAAAAAACAAAAACAAAGAACUAUGAAUAUGCAAAGCGAAAAGACAAUAAUAAUAAAAUUAAAUUAAAUAGUUUUUGUUUUUUAAAGAAUCAACUGAUUUUAAACGAAAAGAAAUAACCAAAGUUCAAUAUUGAAAGAAAAAGAAAUAUUUGUGUGAAUAAAACCAGAAAAAACAAGCGUUUUAAUAAAGAAAAAAGUUCGUAUACAAAAUUUAAGCUCAUUCAAGAGAGUAUCUUAGUAAGAAAAGAGAGCUUUUUUAAAGGAAUUUAUAUAUAAAAAAAAAUAUUUAGUUUAUUUACUAAAAAAACAAAAAAAAAAGAAUUAAAAAAAAUAUUUAAUUUAAUGAAACAAAACGCAACAAAAGUGUUAGUGAAAAUUAUGCCCUUAAAUUUUUCCACCCGACUGUGCAUUUCCUGUAUCAUUUAAACUUCUUGUGCUACUACUACCGCUAUUUCUAAAUAAAAUUACAUUUAAAAUACCUACAACAUACAUGUAUUUAGCUAUACAAGUGCUAUUACUAUAAAAUAACUAUGCUGCUGCAGCACUCUCUUUAAAUGUGUGAUCGAUCUUUUAUCAACUUUUUAUUACAACUGGAUCGUUUAAACUACUGAAAUGUAAAAAGGAAUAAAAAAAACUAAUAAUACCUACAUAUGUACUAGAUAUUGUAACAUCUAAAAAAAACCCACAAACGGUUCUUAUGAGCUUGUAGAAUUUCCCCCUGCCACCUGCUGUGUAGUAUCAUCCUUCUUCAACCUAAUAAUCAACUUGUAAUAAUUGUCAUCUUAAACUAGCAAAAAUGGCUUGUUGUGUGUUGAUAAACAACUCGUCAGCGUUUAAACGUCAAAAUCGCUUGCAUGCGUAUUUGUUUUGAUCGGCUGUGCUUCGCUAGACAGAGGCCAGCCUCAUCAGACAAUACAGCCAACGAUGCUAUAUUUACAAAUCACAACCUCAGCAAUCCAAAUAAUGUUAAUAAAACAACAACAGCAACAGCAGCAACCACUACAACAACAAAUACAACAAAUGUUAUUACAACAACUCCUUCUAGCUCAACAAAUAGAAAUACAGCAGAAACCGAAAUAGUAAAAGAAGAAUCGCAGAAUAUACACAGAUCUGUUGCGACACUAGAUCCAACCGAUGGUGCCUUAUUAAAUGCCUUAGAUCCCCACUUAAUAAACAAUAAUAGAAACGUAAAUAAACAAGAGAAUCCAAUAGAUACAAAGUGUCAAGAUCCACAACUACAACAGCGAGAGCGAGAGCAACAACAACAAACAAAACAACAUAGUCAUAGUGAAUUAUUAAAUUCCCUUCGAAAACAGAAAAACUCAACACCCACGUCAACUAAAAAUAUUUUGGAAAAACAUUUAAGUGAAAAGGCGGAAAUUUUCCCCGCAGAGAAAACACAAAUCCAAACACCUGACGCAACAUUUGCAACAAAAACAACGGCCGCUGCUACUGCUGGCAAUAAUAACAACCAGAUAGAGCAACCAAAUCGGGUGGAAAGAGAUCAAAAAGAACAUUUAAAUAAUAAAGAUCAUCAGCACAACGAAAUCGUUGACGUAGACGUAAACAGCGCUAAUAGGGAAUUACGUCACAACGACAAAGAUUUGCUACUGCGGCAGCAGACAGAACCGGAGAGUCCGGCAGUCAAUUUGAACGAAGAAGAGAAUUUAGCUAAAAUGCAGCAAGAUCCGAACGCCAACAUACAGUUUCAACCCGAUCUGGGUCUUGUGAACAACAAUAAUAAUUUGCCAGUGCUAAGUGGCACGCUAAUAGACACCAACGCACCGGGUGCUGGUAUACGGUUAUCUUUGCCCUUGCAUACAACAGACGUGUUAACGCAUACGCUUAUUUACGGUACUGUGCCGACGGGAGCUCAACAACUCAAUACCGAUCCGAAUUUUCAAACCCGCAAUAUUUUACACCAACAGGAGCUACAGCUGCAGCAACGGUACCAGCAAUUGCAGGCCCAAACGCAGGGUAUCUUCGCCACAUCGCCCACCGGCAAUCCCAUAGUCAUACAACCCACCGGCCAACAACAAACGGCUGUCUAUCACACUGCUGAUUACUGUGCCCAGCAAAAAUACAAUCUAGCCGCCCAAAUGCAGGGCUUGUGUAUUUCGAAUCAGACAAAUACAGCCCCAAUGAUGGAUCAUACCGCUGGCGGUGUUAAUGUGCUUAAUAGCUCGUAUGUGCCGGUCACAGUCCAGGAGGAACGUCUCAUACACAUAAUUCAUGCCAAGGAUCUCAAAAUCCAAGAAAUGCAACGUGCCCUGCAAUUCAAAGAUACGGAAAUAGCUGAACUUAAAUCUCAUUUGGAUAAAUUUCAGAGUGUUUUUCCGUUCUCACGCAGUGGGGCCACAACACCGUGUGGUGGGGUGGCCAGUGGUGGUGGUGGUGCCGGGGCUACCGGUGGUGUUCGAAAAUCUGGUCAAUCGUUUCAGCGUCAACGUGCUCAGGGUAUUUCAGCUGAGCCACAGAGUGAAUCAUCUGUACUGCUGGAUAAUGUAACGUUUCCCAAAUACGAUAAGGAUGACAAAUCCCGUGAAAUUAUCAAAUCUGCCAUAUUGGAUAAUGAUUUUAUGAAAAAUCUCGAUAUCACACAAAUACGUGAAAUUGUGGAUUGCAUGUACCCAGUUAAAUAUGCCGCAAAGAGUCUUAUUAUCAAAGAGGGCGAUGUUGGUAGCAUUGUUUAUGUUAUGGAAGAGGGCCGCGUUGAAGUUUCCCGCGAGGGUAAAUACUUGUCCACUCUAUCUGGAGCUAAAGUUUUGGGUGAAUUGGCCAUUCUAUAUAAUUGCCAACGUACAGCUACUAUAACAGCUAUUUCUGAAUGUAAAUUAUGGGCCAUCGAACGUCAAUGUUUCCAAACCAUUAUGAUGCGUACUGGUCUAAUACGCCAAGCGGAAUACACAGACUUUCUUAAAAGUGUGCCUAUAUUUAAAAAUCUCCAGGAAGAUACUCUUAUUAAAAUUUCGGAUAUUUUGGAAGAAACCCAUUACCAAGAGGGCGAUUAUAUUGUCAGACAAGGAGCUAGAGGUGAUACAUUCUUUAUAAUAUCAAAGGGCCAGGUUAGAGUUACAAUAAAGCUACCCAAUACCCAAGAAGAGAAGUUCAUACGUACUUUAACAAAAGGAGAUUUCUUUGGAGAGAAGGCUCUGCAAGGAGAUGACUUGCGUACGGCCAACAUUAUUUGUGAUUCUCCGGAUGGCGUUACUUGUUUGGUCAUUGAUCGUGAAACAUUUAAUCAACUAAUAUCGAAUUUAGAUGAAAUUAAACACCGCUAUGACGAUGAAGGAACCCUGGAAAGAAGAAAGAUCAAUGAAGAAUUUCGUGAGGUUAAUCUUACCGAUCUGCGUGUCAUUGCAACUUUGGGUGUAGGCGGCUUUGGACGUGUCGAAUUGGUGCAAAUCAAUGGCGAUGGUAAUCGUUCAUUUGCCUUGAAACAAAUGAAAAAGGCUCAAAUUGUGGAAACUCGUCAACAGCAGCAUAUAAUGUCCGAAAAGGAAAUAAUGGGCGAAGCCAAUUGUCAAUUUAUUGUCAAACUCUUUAAGACCUUUAAAGAUAAAAAGUAUCUCUACAUGCUGAUGGAAAGUUGUCUGGGUGGUGAACUGUGGACAAUUUUACGCGACAAAGGCAAUUUUGAUGAUUCUACUACUCGUUUCUACACAGCUUGUGUGGUAGAGGCCUUUGAUUAUCUGCACUCACGCAAUAUCAUCUAUCGAGAUUUGAAACCUGAGAAUCUGUUGCUGGACGAAAAGGGUUACGUUAAAUUGGUGGAUUUCGGUUUUGCCAAGAAACUGCAAUCUGGCCGUAAAACCUGGACCUUCUGUGGCACUCCGGAGUAUGUAGCUCCGGAAGUGAUACUGAAUCGCGGUCAUGACAUUAGUGCUGAUUACUGGUCUUUGGGCGUUUUAAUGUUUGAAUUGUUAACAGGUACACCUCCAUUCACCGGCUCGGAUCCCAUGAGAACAUACAACAUCAUAUUGAAAGGAAUCGAUGCCAUUGAAUUUCCCCGUAACAUUACAAGCAAUGCCCGCAAUCUUAUCAAGAAAUUAUGCCGAGAUAAUCCAGCAGAACGUUUGGGUUAUCAGCGUGGUGGCAUAAGUGAGAUACAAAAGCAUAAAUGGUUUGACGGCUUCUAUUGGUGGGGUCUACAAAAUCGCACCCUAGAACCACCCAUAAAGCCCACAGUUAAAAGUGUUACAGAUACCACUAACUUUGAUGAUUAUCCUCCCGAUCCCGAAGGACCACCACCAGAUGACAUUACCGGUUGGGAUAAAGAUUUCUAAAUAUUAAAUUUAACAACGGAUUUAUUUUUCUAAAGCCAUAUUUUUUAAUUAAGCUGUAAUUUUGUAUUUGUUUUUUUUUUAAUUUUCUUCUCUCAAUUAGAACGUAAAACUAAAAUGUCUUCCAAACUUUUUCAAAGCAUGGAUGCAAUAAACUAUUAGUUAUAAACAAAAAUCUUACCUUUUAAUGCAAUAUUAGACUGUAAAAUACUUAUUAUUGAGAAAUUUUAAAUAGUUUUUUUUUUGUUUUUAAAAUAAAAAUUGGUAUGUUAAACAUAAAUUGAUACAUAUAAUUAACGUUAAUUACAAACAAAUUUUUAUUCGAUACGCAUUAGAAGGUUAAAAUGGCUUUUUUCAAUUAGAAUUUAACAAAUGAAAUAUUUUUGAUUAUUUUUAAAGAAAGAAAAAGGAGUAUAAAUGUAUAAUAAUAUAUAAGAACAACUUAUUUUUACAAUAUAUACAUUUUCAUGUAAAAAUAAUAAAGAAAAUAAUAAAUUCUCACAAAAAAAAAA